AUGUUCCCUAGAAACGUUCACCUUGGGCUUCUUCUGACAGUUUGCCUGUGUCCAUGUUUCAUCCAAUCAGCCACGUUCAGAGAUGAGGAUGCUUUGCGGACGUCCCUCUUUGUAAACUACAGCAAUCAGAUACGACCAGUUGUCGACCAGUCCCAAAUUGUCUUUGUUUAUGUAAACUUCACUUUAUACUCCAUUCAACAACUAGACUCGAAAAAUCAAGUUUUAACAACGACAGCCAGUCUUGGAAUGACAUGGAAAAACGAGCUUUUAACAUGGCGUAAAGAGGACUUUGGUGGCAUAGAAGAUAUCUUGCUUCUGCCCAGCCAGGUUUGGAUUCCAGACAUUGUAGUUUACAAUGGGGCCAGUGGUCACAAUUUCAUGGGUUCCGACGAUUACCUGAUUCGGCUGUUUAAUGAUGGGAGUACAUUGUGGUUUCCUGGCUCUGUGUUAGAGACACAGUGCUCAAUAGCUGUCUCUAAGUACCCAUUUGACACACAGUCCUGUGAUAUCGAGUUCUCCAUGUGGAUGAAUCCUGCUAAACAGGUACAGCUUGUGUCUAUCCUACCUAAAGCAGACUUGACACUCUUCACUGAAAAUGGUGAGUGGGAACUGGCCAAUAACACUGUGCAAAAUGCAAGCAUCAUGUUCGAGGCCCCGUACAGUUUCCUGAAGGCCAAGCUUUUCUUGAAACGAAGAGCAGCGUACCACGUGAUCAACACAGUAUUACCCGUCCUCAUCUUGUCGAUCCUCAACGUUUUGGUGUUUGUACUUCCGCCGGAAGCUGGGGAGAAGAUGUCCCUGGCUAUUACGGUUCUCCUGGCAUACGCCGUAUUCCUGUCAAUUAUCAACGAAAACAUGCCCACGAUAUCAACAAGUGUCUCUAUUUUAGCUGUGUACAUGGUUCUGAUCUUGGCGCUGGGAACAAUGUCUACCUUCCUGUCAGCCGUGGUUCUACACUAUGCUUACAAUGAAGAUGGUCGGCGAAGGCGCUUCUUCUCCUUAGAUUUCAUCCGAUCACGCAAAGGUCCUAUUAAGCAGGAGAGAAAGGGGUCAUUGGCGUUUGUCAAUAAUGCAUGUAGCGAAGCGGACAAAAACACUGGACAUGGCGCCCCAUACGCCGUACGUGAGGAUGCGGACAAGGGCCCAGUGAUGCGAGACUACUACACCAGUUUCAUCAAUCCUAAGGCACGAGAUGUGGUAGAUAAGAUUGAUGUGAUUGCCUUCUGGCUCUUCCUGGCAAUUACCAUCCUUUUAUUUAUUGUUAUUGUGGCCAUUCUCUCUGUUCCCAGACUGUAA